CAACCUGAUUUGGGCCACACACCCACCUUUUGACUUUUCUCAAAUAUGCCGGUUCAAGACGCCACACGGCCCACACCACAAACCACAAUGUCAUCAUCACCAUCUCCACCAACCACCGCCAACGGCGGCAUUACCAUUACCGGCGGAGAAAACGAAGACGAAUGGGUCUGGAACCAAAUCAAAGCUGAAGCUCGGCGCGACGCCGAAUCCGAGCCGGCUCUCGCUAGCUACCUCUACUCCACAAUAAUCUCUCACUCAUCACUCACCCGUUCUCUCUCUUUCCACUUAGGAAACAAACUCUGUUCGUCGACUCUUUUGUCAACUCUCCUUUACGAUCUGUUCAUGAACACUUUUUCGUCAGAUAAGUCUCUUUUAUCGGCUACCGUAGCCGACCUGCGCGCUGCGCGUGCACGCGACCCUGCGUGCAUCUCAUUCGCGCACUGUUUACUAAACUACAAAGGCUUUUUAGCCAUCCAGGCCCACCGUGUAGCGCAUAAGCUUUGGGCUUUAAACCGGAAGCCCAUAGCACUUGCGCUGCACUCGCGGGUAUCGGAUGUUUUCUCUGUGGAUAUCCAUCCCGCGGCUAGGGUUGGUAAAGGGAUAUUGUUGGAUCACGCGACGGGUGUGGUGAUCGGGGAGACGGCGGUUGUUGGGAAUAAUGUGUCGAUUUUGCAUCACGUGACGUUGGGUGGGACCGGGAAGGUGGGGGGAGAUAGGCAUCCAAAGAUUGGGGAUGGGGUGUUGAUCGGGGCGGGUGCCACGGUUUUGGGGAAUGUGAAGAUCGGAGAAGGGGCGAAGAUUGGGGCGGGGAGUUUGGUGAUGAUUGAUGUGCCGCCGUGGACGACGGCGGUGGGGAACCCGGCGAGGUUGAUUGGUGGGAAAGAGAAGAGGAAGGAUGAGGAUGUGCCUGGGGAAACUAUGGAUCAUACAUCGUUUAUUUAUGUGAUUUGAGGAGAUGAUGUUAACAUGGUAUGUUUUGUUUAGAUGGUUAGUGUGAUAUAGCAGAAGUGUUGGUUUGUUUGUAUGACUAUGAAUAAGUUUGAUUCACUGAUUCAUGGUGGCUUUUGGUCAUUGGAAUCAUGGUCAUGUUUGAGAGAUGUUGUUCUUUUGACUUGUAUCUCUUGUUGCAAAAGCCUAGUGAAAAUAAUUUCUUUUUUAAAGAA